AUGACAGCCGCCGCGCGGUCACGGGCCGGGCUUCGGGACCCCUCGCCGGUGACGACCGCGGAGCAGCUUCCUCCGGCCUCGUUGCGCGUUCACUCCACGCUGAGGUCUCGGCGCUGCCGCGGAUCUUCAGCAGUUGAGUUUCAAGGAGAAGUCUCUGGAGAGCUCGUGCUGCCUGCAGACAGCCCCGAGCACCUCCUAGCCCGCCUCAGGGAGCAGGAGGACUACGUUUUGGCUCUGCAACAUCAGAACGAACAACUGCACGACGAUCUAGCCGACGCACAGGAAGCCGCCGCUGCCGCAGACUGCGCUCGCAUCCCCCCCAGCGUAGGAGAGGACUUGGAGGCACAGGCGCUACGAGGCCAGGUUGAGCAGCUUCUUCAGCAGCAGACGCAGCGCCAGUGGGAAGCCGAGGCAACGAGCCAGAUGCUGGUCGAGGCCAAAGAGGCGCGGGCGGCAGCCGACCAGCAGCUGCGUGAAGCCGAAAAAGCCCAGCGAGACCUCCAGAUGCGGUUGGCGGAAGCCGAAAAUACUUUAGAGCGUCUCCUCGAGCAAGCGCAUGACUCGGAGAGGACAGAGCAGAAACUGCGUGAGGCGUUGGAGACGGCGCUUCAGCAGCGGAGGGCCGCUGAACGCCAACUGGAAGAACUGAAGAAUGCGAGAGAAUGCGCGGACGCAACGACAGAACAGAACUGCGAGGAGGACGGCUCGGCGAGACAGGCUUCGCAAGAGGCGGGAUAUCCCCAGGACGCGGUACGAGCUCUGAAAGAGGGGCUGCAGACAGCGCAUGCAGGGGAGACCGGGACCGAAGCACGACUAGGCCAACUCGAAGGGGAGAUCGCCAGGUUGGAGGCCAAGCUGGCGGCUGCAGUUCGCGAGAAGGAACACGCUCUAGAGGCCGUGGAGCAGCACCGAUAUCUCCUUGAGAAGCAACGCAAGCUCUGCCAGGUUUUGCGGCACCAACUCGCGAAAAAAGCCCUCGAUUUGAGCAAGAGCGAGCACCGCCAGAGGCGCCGCCUCUGGAAGGCCGCAGAGGAGCAAAAGGCGAUGGCGGCGCGCCUGCAGCAGAGCGACGCCCGCCACGAGCGGAAUUUGUCCGCGUACCGCCAGCGCCUUGAGCAGCUUGAGCGGCGGCUGAUGGUCAGCGAAGAGACGCUGCAGAGGCAGACCGAGAGCCUGGCGGCUGCCCAGCUAGCAGAUGCUCAGCAGCGUUGCACGCGUGAGGCGGAGCGGUAUGACCGGCAGAUGUCUCGAGAGAGGCAUGCACUUCAGUGCGAGGAGAUGCGGCAGCGCCUGGGUUCGCUGGAGAAGCAGUGGCAACAAGAAGAAGAGCACAUGCAACAGCUGGACUUGCAGCAUGCGGACGCACUCCUCUCGCGCCAGGAGUUGUCUGAGCGUCACCUUCGGCGCGAAGAGGAACUCGAGGCUCAUCUGGAGGCUGAGCGGGCUUCUCGCCUUCGAUCUCGAGAAGUCCGCAGCCUGAUGGAGGAAGACCUCGCAGAGCUUCUGAGGAAACAAGACUCAGUUCGCCGCCAGCUCGAGAAGCUCAGACGUGCGGAACAAAUCCCACAAGCGGAUAGAAGCCGCACAGCAGACUUCGCCUUUUACCAAUUUGACACUAGUGCGCAUGCAGGAGACGCAAGCACUCCCCCGAAAGAGAAGAGAGUUGCGUCUCAAGAUAUAGUCCUCCAUCCGCUCGACCCCGAAGACCUAGCAGCCGCUUCGUCUGAGGACGCUGCAUCCUCGACUCUUGGAAACAGCGUCCUCGAACGACGAGAUUCAAAGGACGUGUUCAUCGCCAAACUCCUGGGCUUGCAAAUCAGCUCCGCAGUUGAGCGCCUCGGGGCGGCCCAGUGCCGCGAGCGCGACCUCGCUGCGGAGAUCCAACGGCUGGAAGAGUUUGCGAGGUCGCGAACGCCCGCGCCGCCAAAGAGUUGUGCAGACCCAAGCGGAGCUCUCCAUCUCCAACAACGGGGCUCCGCAGAGGGACAGAAGAUAGUGAAGCAGGACUUGGAGGCGAGCCUGCUGCGCCUCACGCGCGAGUGCAGUCAGCGGUUGGAAGAGGAAACGAAGCGCAACGACGCGGCAAACGCCGUGGGCUGCAGCGAGGCAGAGCGCCUUCUUCUGCGCAAGCAACAACGGGCUCUUCAGCAGCUCGAACUGGAGCUGCGCGCCAGAGCGGAAGCCGCGGAAGCAGCCGCGCUGCAGCUCGAGGACAUGACUCGUCGGGUAGAAGACCUCGAAGCCCGCCACGCGCGCGAGACACGAGCCUUAGCUGAGAGAGAGGAAGCGCUCUACAGGGCUAGGGCGCGGCUGAGCGCGACGCAUGCGGGAGAGGAAGAGGAGUGGAGCCAGGGAAGGGGAAAACCGCGAGACCAGUUGCAGCAAAAAGAAACCGAACAGACAGGCACUCAGCACGAAGGCGAGCGCGAGAGGCCAAUGGAAGAUGUCGAAGCGGAGGGGAAAACGCAGGUCGCGGAGAUCCCGGCGAAGGUCGAGGCUGCGUCAUGUGAGGACGCGCACGUCCUUCAGCUGAAGCACGUCGUAGGCCAAAAAGUGGCGGAAAUCGCCAACCUUCGAGCUGCCCUGGAGGAAGCGCGCGAGGCGAUUACUGCGAUGAAAGCCCAGCAAGAGGAGUGUCAAGCCGCUCUGCGAAAUCAAGACGAGGCUCUACGCCAGCAGCUCGCCGCGCAACAAGCGGCGCUGCAGGCAGAGUGGGAAGCGCAGCUGAGAACCCGAGACGAGGCAGCCCGCAAGGAGCUGGCGAAUGCGCGGGCGGCAUUCGACAAACAGAUGCAACGCCUCGAAGAGGCGAGGGAGCUCGAACUGCAGACCCAGCCGAAGAGGCUUCGCGAAGCCGCGGAGGCGGCAGACGUCGCCGCGGAAAAGGAGAGGGAGCAGAGAUUUACAGAGAGACAGGUGGCGGCUGUGGUGCAAAUGCUGCGCCAAGAGUCGUACGAGAGACGCACCAUGCGGCUCGAAGAGCUCGAAGACGCUCUGCGCGACCUCAGCCAGCAGAAAGCUCGGGCUGACAGCCUCGCGGCGGCGCGCCAACGCCACGCCCCCCAGCUGCUUGGCGAGCAAGCGGAGGGGGGAGAGAACCCGCAACCGCAGAGCGACGCACCACCACAGCAUAUAGAAGCGCUGGCGCGCGAGCUUGCGCACAGCCGCAUCCAGUGGCUAGCAUCGAGGGAGCGGUGGCAGCUGCCGCACGAAUCCGAUGCGGCGCCCGAGGAGUCUCUUCUCGCGCCGCUCCACUCCGAGAGCGCCGUGCUUGCGUGGGAGGUUCAACAGAGGAGUCGCCUCGAGGCCGAGGCUGAGCGCGGGCAGGACGCCCACGAGGCGGAAGUCGCCAGGCUCCAGGGCGAACACCGGGAGAUCCUGGCGCAGCAGCAUGCCGCAGCGCGCGACGCCCUGAGCAAACGGAACUUGGCAGAGGCACGGGCGUUAGAGGCGAAGAUCCGCGAAGACCCCGCGAACCUCCAGCAGCUGAGUGAGCAGUGCAGAGAGGCGGAGGCGGAGCUCGCUGACCACCAGCUGCGACGCAGCACGCUGGCUACAGAGGCCGCGAGAGACCUCGUGCAACGAAUCGAACUGGAUUCCGCCUUGGAGGCCCUGGGCGCUGCGGAGGAGCGUGCGCGCCUGGUACAGCGCCAGCGAGACGCGCUGCGUAGCGACCUGGCGCUUCUGCAGGACGCCAGGGAUGCCGCCCAUUGCGAGUUUCAGCAGCGCCAGAGAGCGCAGGAGAAAACCCACGCCGCUCAACUAGAGGAAAUUCUGACAAUUGAGAGAAUUGACGCCGAGCACCAAAGCCACGCAGUCACGAGCGGCCUUAUUCGCUGCACUGAGUCGGAUGCAGAGCUGCACCAACUGGAUAAGGCCGAGCGCCAAGCUGCGUACGUGCGGCGGGAUUGCCAGCGCAUCCAGCAGGAAGCUGAUCACAUCCCCGCGCAGCUGGCGUCCGCUCAAGCGAACUUGCAGCAGCAAAAUGAAGAGCUUGCAAGCGGCCAGCGCCAAGAGGCGGCGCAGGUGGUGGCGCGCGAGUGGGUGCGGCAACUCGAGAUUAGCGGUGCCGUGAGGCGACUCGAAGAGGCCAGCGCACCGCGAGGCGAGCUGGCGCCGAGGCGCGACCAGCUGGAGGCAGAACUCCGCCUUGCGGGCGAGGGGGCGGAGCACGAGCAGCAGCGGCAGCAAGAGCGAGCUCUCGAGGGCGAGCGCCUGCAACACGCAGCUGCCCUGGAGACUCUGCAGGGAGACCUGGCCGUGGGCCGGCGCCUGCUGCUGCAGCAGCUUGAGCAGGAGCGCGUCGCCCGAGUCCGCGAGCAGCAGGCAUUCGAGAACAGCACUCGUCUCCUCCUGCUGCGGCUUGACUCGGCGAUGCGCCGGCUGGAGCCCCGGACGCACGCGGCCGCCGAUGCGGAGGGAAGGGCGGCUGCGGCUCUGCGCGACGAGAGCGAGAGGCGCGAGGAGGGCGCUCUGCUGCGAGCAGACUUGGCGGAGAGGAGUGAGCGCGUGCACGUUCUGCAGCUGCUGGUUCAGAAGCACGACGCGCGGCUGCAGUUGCAAGCCGAGAUCGAGGCGCACCAGGCGCGCGCCGAGGCAGGCCUGAGGCGGCUGGAGGAGCUGCGGAAUGCUGAGGCGGCCCAGAUGGACCUCGACCGCCAAGAAGUGGCGGAGGCGUUGCAGAAGUACCGGUCGCUGCUCGACGAGACUGUGGAGGCUCGCCUGAAGCAGCAGGAACGCGAUUCUGUGGAGCAACUCUGGCAGGAGCUUGAGGCUCAGCAGGACGCGGCUCAGCGCGAGUAUGAGGCUGCGAAGAGAGCGGCGCUUGACGCCGAGGCGCAGAAGCAACAUGCCCUCGAACGGGAGGCCGAGCGACGGUGCUGCGAACUCAGAGACAGAACGACGACACAGAGACUCGCCUUCGAACCGCAACUCCGCGACCAGCAGCAGACACACGCUCUCGCGCUGGAGAGGCAGCUGGCCAAGAAGCAGGCGGAGCUCGACACGAGACACCGCCAAGAAAUCGAGGCGAAGCUGCUGCUGCUGCAGCGGACUGCGCGCCCUGUCAGGGAGAGGCGCGGAGUCGAAGCCGAGCUGCAGGCGACGGAAGUCGCGCAGAAGGCGGCGGAAGUUGCACAGAAGGCGGCGCACGAGCGAGAAACGGCUGCCAUCGAGGACGAACGGGAGGCACGUCUCCAGGGCGAGCGGGAGGCACACAGGGAGAGACUAGAGAUCGAACUGCGGGAGCAAGAAUCCAAUUUCGAGGAAGCGAAAAAUGCGGCCAUUGCCGCCGCACUCGACGAACACAGAGCGCAGUGGCAGGCCGAGCUUGAAGCCGCUCUUGAGGCCGCGACUCGACGGCUGGAGCAGGAGCUGCAGCGCCAGCACGCCCACGACUUGGAGCAGGGUUUGGUCGAGGCAGCCCGUGCUCACAACGAGGAGCUGCAUCUCAAACUCGGCGAAUUUUCCGAAGCGCUCCAGUGUCAGGAAGCCGACUUCGAUGCGGAGCUCGCGCGGCGGCUCGCGCAGGCGAGCGCGUGCCAUAGCCGCGCGCUAGAAGCACAGCGGGGAGAACUCGAGGCGAGAUCAGCCGCCCUGCUUCUCGAGAGGCAGCUGAGCUGCGAGAGGCGCCUGCAGGAUCACGCCAACCUGCUCCACGUUGCGCACGCGGCGGAGCUGGAGGCGCAGCGGGCGGAGCUGCGCGCAGAAGAGGCGCAGCGUAUGCGCGAGUUGGCGGACGCUUUUGCGGAGGAGAAGACCUUCCAACUCGAUGUGCAGAGACUGCAGCUUCUCGAGGAUCAAAGGGAAAAGCUGGACACGCAGAGGGAGGCGCUUGCGGUUGAGCACCGAGAGGAGGUCGCUCGGUUAAGAGACGAAAUCGAGCGCAGAGACAGGGACCAAUUGAUGCAGAGACAGGCACUCGAAGCGGCGGCCGAGGCGCGGCUUCGCGAGAGGCAGCGCAGCUUUGAGACGCGUCUGCAGGCGCAGAAGGAGCUCCUCACAGAGGUGCAGGAGGCGCGGCUCGCAGAGCAGAGAAGCGAACUGAUGGCGAGACAGGCGGAGGCGCUUCGCGCGCUUAAAGACAAGUUUGAAAAAGAGGAAUCCCGUCGACGAGACGAGCUGCAAGCGAGGCUGUGCCAAGGAGAACGGGAACGCCUGGAAGCGCAGAUGAUCGAACGACAGCGAGAGCAAGAGGACAAACUCCAAGAGCUGAGAAGCCGCUUCGAGAAAGAGCAAAGCCAGCAGCUACAGCAGCAGAAAGCGCUCCUUUUGGAAGAAAAGAGACAGGAGCUGCAGGCGCAGAGAGACCUCCUGCUCGCGGAGAACCAGCAGCGGCUGCUGGCGGCGGCCGAAGAGAUGGAGAGGGAGAAGAAAGCGCAGCUGCAGAUCCAAGCAGAAAUGCACGCCCAACGCCUCCAAGCGGAGAUGGAACUGCAGGCAGAAUCGCAGAAAAAUGAAAUCACCGCAGCUGUCGCAGCGCGUACCGAGGAGCUGCGACGCGAAGCAGAGGCGACGCUGACGGCGCAGAAACACAAGUCGGACGCAGAAAACGCAGCGGAGUUUCGACGCCGCAUGCGGGAGGAGCGAGAGACGCUCGAGCGAGAAUUUGCCGAAUCGCGAAAUUUGCUGGAAGCACAGCUCGCAGCCCAACACGAGGCGGAGCUAGGGGAGGCUCUACUACAACAACAGAGGGAGUACGAGGCCCUCCAGGCUACGGCGAGAUGCCAAACGGAUCAGCAGCACGCGCAGCAGAUGCAGCUCGAACUGGCAUCGCUGCAGGCGCGUCUUGAAGCCGAGCAGCGCCGAGAGGCUGACGCUGCGAUGGAGGCCCUCGCUUGCCGCCUCGAGGCGGAGUUCGCCGAGGCCCUGGAAACAAAAGAAAAAGAGCUCCGAGCAGAGCUAGAGAGCGCAGCCCAGACCAAGCAGAGAGCCUUCGAAGCGACUUUGCAGCGGCAGCGGGAAGAACACGAGGAAGCUCUAAGGCGCGCGAUUGCGGCGCAGGUCACUCAGCGUUGGAUCGCUCACGGCGCGGAGCUGGCGAGGCAAAGGGAAAAGGAGACUGCCGAGCUUGAGGACGCGCUGAAUGCGGAACUCUCCCUGAGGCAGGAGGAGAUGAACGAGCAGAAGCGAAAGGAGCUCCUCGCGCAAGAAGAGCAGCAUCAACUCCAUCUGCAGCAGCUGGAAGCUGCGCUGGAGGCGUGGCAAAACGCGAGGCUGGUUGAUGAACUCCGAGUAGAGGGAGUUUCUGAGAAAAGACGCGAAAUGGAGGAAAAACUUCGCAUGCAACGUGAGGAGCUCCAGCUGGAGCUUGACGCAAAGCUGGCGCGCAAGGAGCUCGAGCUCGAGAGCAAGUUGCAGGACGAGCUCCUGAUGCACCGCAAGAGGCUAGAAGAACGCAUGAGGGAGAAAGAGGCCGAGGCACAUCAGAGGCUUCAACGCGAGAGGGACGCGCGGCGAGGUCUCUCGGAGCGCGCGCGCACGCGCCAGAUUGAGUUGGAGCUCCAGCUGCAGCAGCUGCGGGAGAGAGAGGCCGCCAUGCGCCUCGACCUUGAGAAGCAGACGCAGAUAACGGCGGAGGGUGGCAAGAUGCAAGAAGAACGUGAGGCUUCAUGGAUCGCGCAGGCCGCUGGGACAUUCCACAGGCGCCUUGCUGAGGCGAGCGAGAGCCGGCAGAUGCUCACGGAGGAGACAGGAAGUUAUGCAUCGGUCGCAAAGGCAACGCAAGAAGCUCUUCGCGUCUGUGAGGAGCUGCUCAAGGAAACGCAGAACCAGCUGGAAGCAAGCAAAAGUCAAGACACCGAGACGCAGCGCGCGCUGGGGAGAGGGAUCGACAGAACGAACGAUCUCUGCGAGGAUCUUGCUCUCGCCCUUCAGCAGGUGCAGCUCGCCCAGGAGCAGCUCCACGCAGUUCAGGUUCGCGAUGAGAGAGAGAUGUGCGACGCUUGCGAGGGCCUUUCGCAUCCCCGAGAAGAUGUUUGUGUGCAGACAUUGCCAGCUGAGGAAUGUCGUCUGCAGACGUCUGGCUGUGGCCUGUGCGCCAGGCCGAGUGGUGCAGGCACUGAGGACGAAGGCCUGCGAGUCGUGGCUGCUGACGAAACCGCCCGCGAAGACGAAGAGCUAGCAUUAUGCAGCCUCCACUCCGAAAUGGAGCUGCUGCGCGCUCGUCUGGCAGGACUCGAUGCGGAAGAAGCAAAGAAUCGCGAAGAACUCGAGGAAGCCAGACAGGAGGCACGCGCGGCGAAAGCGACAGCGGCAGCUGCGACGGCGGAGGCUGAGCGCCUCCGCCGCCAACUCGUCGCCGCGGGAGAGACCGGCACCCGCCUUAGGAAGCAGCUUGAAGACGCAGAGAUGAAACUCGCCGCUGAGGAGGAUCAGCAUGCGACCGCAUUGCAGCAGGUCGAGGAGCUGCGCCUACAACACCGAGCGCUAGCCGCUCAGCGUGUGACCGAACUCGAAAGCCUCGAGAGAGAGGCGCUGGCAAAGUCGGAAGAAGCGGAUCGCCUGAGAGGCCUCGCGGCCCUGACGGAGAAGACACGCUCCGAAGAAACCGCGGCCGCUGCGGAGGCCGCCAAAGCCGAGGGGGAGAGGCGCGCGCGAGAGCUGAAAGACGAACUGCAGAAGAAAGACGAGGCUUGGAGGCGAGCCGACGCGGAGCGUGCGCAGGCGCUUGCGCUCGCUGCGGAGUUGCAACGGAGACUCCAACAAGCCCUGGAGACGAGGGAGACGCUAGACAAAGACGCGCGUGCGUUGAGAGAGCAGAAGCAGAAGGCCGCCGAAGCUGCGGAGGAAGCCAGGCAACACGCCGCCGAACUCUCACGGCAAAUGAAAGAAGCAGACGACGGACGCCGCCUGGCUGAAGAGAAGACGCGCAGCCUCAAGCAGGCGGUUGCCGAGCUCCAACGCGAGCUCGACGCGAAGGCAGCGCUCCUCAGGAAGAGUCAAGAACUGCUGAAGCGAAGAGAGGAAGAGGCGCCUGCGCUGCGGCAGGAGGAAGGAGCGUGUGAGGGCGUUGGAUGCAGCGAAGAAGAGUGCGGCGUGCUUGCCUCUGCUGAGAAAGCGGGGAGCGCCGAGCGCGAACCGAACGACCGCAGAGAGUCGUUCCAGGGCGCAGAGACGUAUGGGUCAGCGCCGGAAGGAGUUCUGACUUGCGAGGAAAAACAAGUCGACGCCGGCACAGAGGCGGAGAGACGCCAGCUCGAGACGCAUCCCUCAGCGCAUCGCGCGGGCUCCCACAUCGACGAGCAGCCACUGCGAAACGAUGCUGAGACGCUGGAGAGCAGACAUCGAGAGAUGGAGCGCGAAGCACAGCGCAUGGACGAAGCGCGGCUGAAGCUAGCGCAGGAAGCUGAAAACGUGCGGCAGCUGCAAAGAGAGCACGCCGUCGCUCGAGAGGAUCUAGCGACAGCCCAGAAGCGCCUCAAGUCCGACGAAGAAGAGCUGAGAUCGAGGCAGCGAGAUCUGGAGAGAAGAGAAACUCACUGUGAGGAACUCCAAGCCAAGCUUGCCGCAGAGUCGGCGGAGUUGAGCCAGCUCCAGGAGGCGCAAGCAAAUGCCCGGUUGCAUCUCGAAGAGGAGCGCGCCCAGCUAGAGGGGGAGGCGCGGAGUUGUCUGCAGCAGCAGCGGCGCAGGUUGGAGGGAGCCACGAUGCUCAUCGAGGACUCUCGCGCGACGCUUGUGCAAGAGAUUCAACGGCAUCAGGAGCGCCAGACAGAGUACGAAACAGCGCGACAGCGACUUGCCGAAGGAGAGAAGCGACUUGGCGAAGAACGGCAGCACCUUGCCGUACAACAACACCGUUUAGCCGAAAAACAGCAGCGUUUUUCGGACGAACAGGAGCGAGCUGCGGCAGACCAGCAGCUCCUUCAGCAGAGCCAGCAAGAGGUGAAAACCCAUCGGCAAGAACUGGAAGAAACCAAGCAAGCCUUCAAGAUCCUCCGAGGGACAGUUGAGGCGGAGGAGGCAGCGCGGCGCCAUCGGGAAGAUGCCGCCCGCCAUGCGCGUGAGACCGUGGAUUCGAGCAAGCGAGGCAUCCCCCAGCGCCGCAUUCUCGAGCUUGAGAAUGCGCGCAUCAGCACCCAGCCGUGGCAGGGGGAGAGGAUCCACGAGCUCCUCGCUGGGACGGAGCUUGCCACAGCGUAUCCUCACAGACCUCGCCAGGCGCCGUCCCCGUCAACGACAUCACAAUCCCAAGUCACAAGGCCCGCGCCGGCGCUUGGAGGGAUGGCGGAUGCGUCGUCACGGCGUCCGACAGAGGCCGUCAACAGCGACUUUUUAUCCAGCGGUCGCCUGCGUUGCUCCGCGCCCGUUCUCGUGGAGCUGCGGACGCUGCAGGAGCUGCUGCGUCACAAAGACCUGGAAAUCCAGAGUCUCGCGCAUUCCUUGAUUCAGCAGAGGGGAGGGGCUGCAACCCGAGCGGCUUCCACGCCGCCACCCAUUCCAGAGAAGCUGCCGCAGAGCCUGCGCACACUCGCGGCGCCUGCGCAGCCUGCGGAGGCUUCGGAGGCAGCCUCAAAGCCCUCCGAGGUCGAGCGGCGCUCUGGAGAACGACCGGUGUGGCGCCGGCCGGCGAGCGACAGUCGCCUGCCUCUAGAGGCCUCGUUCGGGGGCGGCUCUUACACAUCGACCGGCGCCGCCGACGCGAGCUUGUUCGAAGGCACCAUAAAGGAGUCGCUUCCCACUGAAUUGAACGGCUUGGGGAGACUAAUGGGGAGUGGAGCAACAUACACGGCCACACUCCCUGGAACUCUAGGCCAGACAAGCGGCAGUAACGCCCUUGGAGCCGUUCAACCGCAAGGUGAGGAGGCGCGCGGAAGUCGCAGAGAGCGGCGGCAGUUGCAGCCGUACUCGGUCGAGCCAGGAGACGCGCCGCAGCUGGGCGGGAGGACGUUCUCAUGGCAAUCGAGACCUCUCGUGCUCUGGGAGGCUCGCGGCAAACCAGAAAACACGAACGAGUCGCAGGAAGAGCUGGAAGUGGGGGAGCAGCGAGCGGCUGCUUCAAUUGCAGCGUGUGGCGCCGGAGGAGGAGAUUCGAAUGGAGCUACUCGCCAGGAGGCGGUCGACGUGGCUCGCGCGUUCUGGAUCGCAGCAAAUCGUUCCGCGGUAGGCGACGCAGGCUAUCUCUCGCUCUGGAGCCAGCCGCUGUAUUUGGAGUGCAGCGGAGUCGCGUCAGGCGAACCGAUGUACCUCUGUUUCGUCAAGAAGGACUCGACAGAGUCUGCGGCUCGGCGCUGGACUUUGGCCCUCGAGCCGCCAGGCAGCUCGUCGCUGCCCACACUAGCCGCAGCCCGCGAAGACGGACGAAACGCAUGCAGUGCCAGGUUCCGGCUGUCCAGCUGCGACCCGCCGGGGCGUCAAGGCGCGCUGGAAGGCCGCCAGUGGCCCCGGGCCCUCUCCCAGAGCUUGUCUCCUCAGCGCAUGUGCCAGACGCUGCCGAGGGCUGCCCUACCACCCGACUCAGCUUCGAGCAGAAGCCAACAGCUGCCGGGGGCAGGCGCGUCGGCGAGAGCCGCAAGUGACUAUGCAGACCCAGAGUUCGCUCUCCGUCUGUCGCCGUCCCCACACGAAGACGGGCUCGUCUGGCUGCACUUUCUCGAGAGCGCAGCUGGAUGCACAGUCGGCAACGCCCCGACGCAGACUCCACAUUCAGAUGCUCCUGCGCCCACGCGUGAGGCGCCUCGCGCAGGCAUCGCCAACGCGCCGGUGAGAGCCGUGAAGAUGCAGCAUGCGACGACGGGCCUGUUUUUGACGCUGCGGUCCGCGAGGCCUCCGCGUAGCCCAAACGGCCCAUCGCCUACCACGGAGGCAGGAACGUUUUUCGAGACAGACGUGGUAGCUCUGACAGCCGAUGCGCGGCGGCAAGGCGCUUUCGCGGGCUGCGCCGACUUGGUCGGCGCGUCUGAAGGUUGCAGCGCGAGCGGAGAUUCCUCAGAAACCACGCACGAGACGGAGAACCUCUUCAACGCAGCGCAUGUGCGCCGCGCGCUUGAGGCGUUCAGCCGCACCGACCGAGGCACAGAGCAGCUGCGAGGCUUGCGGGGAACUCCGGACGCGGAGGAAGCGACGGUGUUUGUUUUGAUGGAGCGCGACGAGCUAGCUCAGCGAACUGUAAGCGAAGGGGAGGGGUGGUGA